CGGGCAUGCACAGGCCGAAUUCGUCCGAGUCAGGAGUGACUCUUCGGUGACCACUUCUUUCAUGCACGCAGAAUAAUAAUUGUGUCGGUUAACCGCUGUCCGGUUUUUUGUGUGGCUCCGUUGUAGAGUUUCCAGCCAGGAUAGACGCUCCCGCGGGGCCUGUGAGAGGUAGCUAUGAAGGGCUUAUAUUGGCAGCAGACUUUAUCUGCAGAAGAAACAAAUUUUGUUUUCUUGGAGAAGGAUAACCUUGCUGUUUUGAAAGACAACCAUGUAAAGGUGCAAGUUAAAGCCUGUGCUCUCAGAUGGAUUGAUACAAAGCUUUUAUCAGAAAUCAAGAUGGAGAAGGAAUUUCUACCUGUUGGGAGGGAAAUUGCUGGUGUUGUGUUGGAGAUUGGGGAAAAAGUGUCCUUCUUUCAACCACAUGAUGAGGUAGUAGGAAUUUUGCCUCUGGAUUCAGAAGAGUCUGGUUUGUGUGAAGUUAUUGUCAUUCAUGAGCAUUAUUUAGUUCAUAAACCUGAAAAGGUCUCCUGGCCUAAAGCAGUGGGGACCAUUCGUGAUGGUGUUCGUGCAUACACAGCUCUACACUACCUUUCCCACGUCUCUCCUGAAAAAACUGUGCUUAUAAUGGAUGGAGCAAGUCCCUUUGGUACAAUAGCUAUUCAGUUAGCACAACAUAGAGGAGCCAAGGUCAUUUCUACUGUGUAUAGUCUGGAAGACAAAGAGUAUCUUGAGAGACUUAUGCCUUCUUUGGCUCGUAUUAUAGAUGAAUCACAUGGAAAGUAUGACCUGACAGAAAGCUGUUUGGAGGAAACUGGAGGAUUGGGAGUGGAUAUUAUCCUUGAUGCAGGAGUGAGAUUAUACAGUAAGGAAAAUGAAACAACUUCACAACAAUUGCUACCACACAAACAUGAUAUCAUUAUGCUGCUCAGCGUUGGAGGCCAUUGGGUUACCACAGAAGAAAAUCUUCAAUUGGAUCCUCCAGAUAUUCGCUGCCUUUUCCUCAAAGGUGCUACAGUGUCUUUUCUAAAUGAAGAAGUGUGGAAUCUGUCAAAUUUGAAACAAGGAAAGUAUCUUUGUAUUCUAGAAGAUAUAAUGGAGAAGUUAUCAAGUGGUGUUUUUAGGCCUAAUUUGGAUGAGCCAAUCCCAUUGUACGAAGCUAAAGUUGCUAUGGAAAUGGUUCAGAAGAAUCAAGCAAGAAAAAAACAAGUUGUCCAGCUGUGAAGCACAUAUUUCUAGCUUCUAAGGCUGCACUUUUGUAUAGUGUGUAUGUAUACAGUAGUGGUCACUGAAUAAGUAAAUCUUUAGCUAAUUAUACAAUUACUAUUUUAAGAUUCUUUUUACAUC